UCAAAUAUAUUUGGUUUCAAAUUGAUGUGCUCUAAUAUGGAAUUAGUUAUAUAUUGUAACAAGAUUUUAAUUUGACAUGUUUAAUUUUUAAUUUAACUCGAACAAUAUCACUCGAUUCUACUUGAUUCAAUUUAAAAAAUUUUAAAUCUAGUAAGGAAGAUAAAAUAAAACUCAUUAACUCAUUUAAUUCAAAAAAUUUACUUAAUUUGAUCAAACGUUCACCAAAAGAUACUAAUGGGCUUUAGUUUAACUUUUUUAUCUUAAUACCCCGCUCUGUUUCACCAUUACUUUUAAUCUCAUUAUUAUAAUAUUGAAUCUUACUACCAUAAUAAUUAAUUUCACCAUCAAAAUGAACCCCUUAGACUAACCCUCACAAUAUAUAGUGCUGAUUGGAAACUAUCUCUUCACAUUGGUUCAAAGCUUCGUGUAACCAACAACUCCAACACUACAUUGAAGAUAAUAGGCCCAUAAAAAUACAUCACUGUAACUUAGAAGGCUCUUGCUUUACAUUUGCAGAGCCCAUCAAUGGUUUAUUUCCAUACCUAUCAUCAGUUUGGGCUGCAGGAUUAAAGCUCCAAAGCAGGUUUCUUUGCUAUGUCUUUCAAUUCAAUGAUAUUAUUAUCAAUGCAAGAGGACGUGGGUUUAAGCAUGCUAUAGUGCAUUAUCCUCUUAUUUAUGGAUUGGGAAGGGGCUAUGUAUAGUUUUAGGCAUUGUGUCAAAAAGAACUAAUAUAAUCAAAAUCUAUAUUGAGCUCGAGCUCAACUCGAUAAUUAAAUUUAAGGUUAAUAAUAUAUUAGAAUAAAAAAACUCAAUAAGACUUGCAAGUCAUUUGAGCCGAGUAUUAUUAAGUUCGAAUUCAACUUGAUCAUAAAUAAUUCGAGCUCAACUUGAUAAUUACCCAAACAAGUUUGAUUUUUUUUCAAAUUGAACUCGAAUAAUUCGCCAGUACCCCUAUCUCAUUUAUGAAGUUGCAGAGCAUGUGAAAUUGAUGUCAGAAACAAAAGGCGACCUGACAUAAAGUUGACACUCCACCCUUCAAUACCUUUACUUUUGUUUCAUUGGAUUGCUCCUUCAUCAUCGCCAAUCUUAUAGACAAAAAAAUAUCAAGAGAAAAAAAAAACUCAAAAAUGGCAUUAGAAUUUUGUUGAAUGAAUCAAUUAGUCUGAAUUCAUAAUUAGUGUUGACCACUUUAAAAACCCCCCUUUUUUUUAAUGAUUAGGUGGGGGCUAUGGAGUUUCCCUUGUUUAGAAAUCAAUCAUCCCCCUAUAAUCAAGGCCAUGGGAAGUUGAAGAUGCUUUCACAUGCAUCUCCUAACUUUUGCAAGUGUCACAUGGUUCUUCUUUGAUCUCUAUGGUUAUCUAACCCCACAUAUUAAAUGUAAUUAAUUAAUUCAUCCCAAAGCAAUUUAGUCACUCCAUUUCUGUUUAAUCUACUGGAGUAUGCUACCUAUUUCCUUACUUCUGUCCCAAAAGUAUUUAAACUUUCUUCGAGGAAAUUCAUAUGGGAUAUAUAUAUAUAUAUAUAUAUAUAUAUUUCUCUCUUUUUUUUCUUUUGGAUUUAUAACUAUACAAUCGCGGAAAGAAAUAGCAUCAAAGUUGUGAAAUUUGUUUGUGGAAAGGAUGACACCGUGGAGAAGUAGAGUCUGUGUGGAGAUCCGAGUUGGUGGUAGAUUGGUUCGGUUAAACGAUUCAAUCAAUCUAGCCAUUUUGCAAGUUAAUAGAUCCAACCCUUAUUUUGGGGUAAUACUUUAAUUAGUUUACGACCAACUAAUCAAUCUAAUUUUAAAAACAGUGUUUGUAUGUGUCUCUUUGAACAUGUGUCCAUGAGUUUUAUAUUGAUAUGUAUGCCCCCUAAGGGACAUAAGACAAAUCUUGCUAGUGAACGAAAUGACUUAAUUUGGUGAACCUCAUUUUCAAGUAAAAUCUUGUGUAUAAUUAAUCGAAGCAGGUAUGUGAAUUAAUCUUUGCGUAUUUUCAAUAGUAUUUAUAUGUCUGAAAAAAAAAAAGUUGUUCCCAAAAUAUACAGUGAGUCAAAAUUACUGAAGAAAAAGAGGAGUUAAAGGGGCAGAAAGAUCAUGCUUGCUUUUUACUCUCUGGUUUUGACUCCCCCAAACCAUUUUCUUUAAUUUAAUACUACCCAAACUCAUGCUAAUCUCAACUUAGUCAAGGGCAUCUUUUCAAUAUAUCUAUCAAUCUAGAGAGAGAGGAAAUCAAUUACUAUAUGGUAUUUAUUUAUGAAAACUUAAACUAUCUGUUUGUAAUUAAACAAAUAAUAUGAAAAAUAUCAUCCAAGAAAUCAAGGUUUAACCAGUGCCAGAAACAUAUAGAGAUAUGAAAACCUGAUAUCUGAAGUCAUAAUUAAGAAACAAGAAUGAAAAGUUAAAAGAUGCAAACAACUGUUAUAUGUACCAAUAUAUAUAUAUUUAGUUUUCUUGUUGAUCCGUUUUCACCGUUGGAUUAACAAGUGGAAAUAAGUGGUAAACCCAUGGGUGAAGGUGAGGAAGGAGGUUUUCUUAUACGGGAGUUUGGGGUUGAAGGAGAGGAAAUGUAUACGUGAGUGUACGAGUUGUUUGCAUAAAUUUUUUUUUUAUAGUGGGAGAUAAAUUUAGUCACAUGUUUUAAGGCUAUUGACUUGGAAUUCUAAUUUCAUACUUUUGGCAUUGAUGAUGAUGCUACGUAUUAGGACGACUGGUAUUAAAAGACCCUAUGUUUUCAUGUGGACCUCGUAUAGUUUUAAUAGAGUCUUCAAGGCUCGUGGGUUAAGAUUCGCAAAUUAAUUCAAAGUUUAUCGAUUGAUAAGUUAGCGAUACAUAAUCCACUAGGAUGUUAAUUUCGCCUUGAAGACAACUGUCGGGCUCUAUUGAGAUCAGCCAUGUGAGGUAUAACAAUCCCAAUAUUCUGCGAUUAUUGACUUUAAGCAUUAAAAAAAUGGUUUUUUUUUGUUGAUCCCAGUAUCCUCGAAUUACUUGAUUGAGGGAAGCAAAAUUAUAGAUAAUUUAAGAUUAAACAAAAGGAGGGAACAACAUUGUUAUCAUUAAAAAGUAAACCAUGAUGGAGAAUUGAAACAAUGUAGUGUUCAUCACAAAGGAAAGUACUAAAGAAAUAGGACUCUCUCAACCACCCUCCAUUGUCUAUUUUACAUCCUCUUCUUCCCUUACCAUUGAAAGAAAAAAAGAUGCAGAAGUUUACUUGUUAUGUUGUCUUGCUAUUGUUCUUGCUUUGUUUCUUUCAAGCUUUUUCAUGGAGUCAAUUCAACCAAGGUGAGAAUUAUGAGGGUUCUUCAGACCUUAUUAACCUUGAAUACCACAUGGGACCAGUCCUUGCAUCAGCUAUAAAUUUGUAUAUAAUCUGGUAUGGUCAAUGGAAUCCAACACAUCAAGCUACUAUAAGGGACUUCCUGGAUUCCUUAUCUUCUUCUUCUUCAGUUCCUUACCCUUCAGUUGCUGAUUGGUGGGACACUGUGAGGCUCUACACUGACCAAACAGGAUCAAACAUUACAGCUACCAUUUCCAUUUCGGGUGAGUUUUAUGAUUCUGGGUACUCCCAUGGUGUUUACUUAAGUCGUUUAUCGAUGCAAUCGAUCAUCAAAGCUGCGGUUACAUCUCAUUCGAGGCCAUUGCCUCUCAAUCCUCACAAUGGACUUUAUUUGGUGCUAACUUCACAAGAUGUUCAGGUUGAGGAUUUCUGCAGAGCAGUGUGUGGGUUUCAUUACUUCACUUUCCCUAUCCUUGUUGGUGUAACGGUUCCUUAUGCUUGGGUUGGUUAUAGUGGAACUCAAUGUCCAGGUAUGUGUGCUUAUCCAUUUGCAUGGCCUAAGUACUGGGAAGCCACCCCGACUGGAGGUAAUGACAUAACACAUGCGCCGAAUGGGGAUGCAGGGGUAGAUGGGAUGAUCAGUGUUAUCGCUCAUGAGUUAGCGGAAGUGUCGAGUAAUCCAUUGAUUAAUGCAUGGUAUGCCGGAGAAGAUCCAACCGCACCAACCGAAAUUGCGGACUUGUGUUUAGGUUUAUAUGGCUCGGGUGGUGGCGGUGGGUACAUGGGUAAAGUUUACAAAGAUGCUUGGGAAAUGGCUACAAUGUACAUGGAGUUAAAGGAAGGCGAUUUUUGGUUCAAUGGGUGUGGAAUCCUGUGAAAAGAAGAUGCUUUGGGCCAAAUGCCCUGGACUAGAAUGUGUACCAUGUAUUAAGCUUUAACACUGUUUCUUGCGAUCUAAGUUAUUAUUAACGCCUAUCAAAACGGGGUUAUUAGCCUUUUUGAUAAAUAUUGUAUAUUUUAUAAACUUAUGAUCCUUUGCUUCUUGAAUCUCA